AUGCGACCCAUUACCUUCGCAGCGACGGUGCUCGCCUCGAGUGGGCUGGCAGUGGCGAACCCGGCGAUCCUCGAGAGCCGCCAAGCCACUGGAUUGCACGCCGCCAUGGUUGCCAGGGGCCGCCAAUACAUUGGCACUUCGUUAACCGUCCGAAAUGACAACUCGGAGCAGAACAUUAUCAGGAACAGGAACGAGUUCGGGUCCAUCACGCCAGAGAACGCCAUGAAAUGGGACGCCACCGAGCCGAACCGUGGCUCCUUUUCCUUCGGAGCCGCCGAUCAACACAUGAACUUUGCCACUCAGAACGGCAAACAGGUCCGCUGCCACACCUUGGUCUGGUACAGCCAGCUCCCCGGCUGGGUGUCCAACAGCAACUUCAACAACGCGACCCUGAUCAGCGUCAUGACGAACCACAUCAACACCGUCAUGGGUCGGUACAGGGGCAAGUGCACGCACUGGGACGUGGUCAACGAGGCGCUCAACGAGGACGGCACAUACCGCGACAACGUCUUCCUGCGCGUUAUCGGCGAGGCAUACAUCCCCAUUGCCUUCCGCAUCGCGGCGGCCGCCGACCCGGCCUCAAAGCUGUACUACAACGAUUACAACCUCGAGUACGGCGCCGACCAUCCCAAGACGCAGGGUGCCGUCCGCAUUGCAAAGCUUGUUCAGUCCUGGGGCGUCAAGAUUGACGGCGUGGGCUUCCAGGGCCAUCUGGUCAGCGAGAGGACAAACACGCAGUCGACCCCGACCCCGUCCCAAGCCGUGCUCGAGAGCAGUCUCCGCGCCUUUACCAACCUUGGCCUUGAUGUGGCUUAUACAGAGAUCGAUAUCAGGAUGAAUACGCCGGCUACCGCGGCCAAACUGCAGGCUGCGGCCGAUGCGUACGCCCGCGUCGCCGCCUCGUGCUUGGCUGUGGAGCGAUGUGUCGGAAUGACAAUCUGGGGUGUCUCGGACAGGUACUCCUGGGUGCCGCAGACCUUCUCAGGGGAAGGGGCUGCACUGUUGUGGGAUAAUAACUAUAACAAGAAACCGGCCUACGACGCUUUUUUGAGAGCUAUCCAGACUACGAAUGUAACCGCCAGCGCAUAG